UGCGUUGAGUGUUACUGUGCAACUUUUAUCUCCCCGCAAAGGCAUGUCAGCACUUCUUUAAAAAAAAAUUGGUGAGGUGUCGGAUAAAGACACAGAAGAAAGAUGCUGCAUUACAAUACACAGAAUCUCUAUACCUUCCAAAAUGGCCCAUCUUAAAGCAUGCAUAACACAUAAUUCACUGAAGUGUGAUCUGACACUGAGGUCUAUAUAACUCUAACCCUAAAUAGUAACAGUAUAAACUGUAACAUGCAUGUUUAUGUUCAGUAUUUCUAAUACACAAAUGCACAAUGCGGUGGUGCAAGAGGAGGCAUAGUUACCCACUCACGGCUCACAUCUGGUUCAAAGGUUAUGUCCGGUGUCGAGCAACAAGAGACGUCCUUUCAUGUGGAUGUCAUACGUUCAUCCUCUUCGGCAAUUGAUGCUGCGCGGAAAUCAUGUUGGGUAGGCGUCUCUCAGUGGUGAGCGCAGGACUUAUUUAUCUAGUCCCUGCAUGGUGAACCAGCUCUUGCACAGUUCUAGCAACAUGACCGCCACCUACAACUACACUUCCGACAGCUCGACCAUCUCAUCUUCGGUUAGGACUACUUCUUCACAACCUGGGUAUGAGGUACCGCUGCCCACCAGGAUAACUCUUAUCUGCAUCUACACUGUCGUCCUGAUGGUUGGCGGAUUGGGGAUCGCCCUUAUGAUCAACGUGCUCAAAUCAAACUUGCGCUCCGUGACCACCGUCGCAGUCCUCAACAUCAUCGUGGCCCAUCUAUUAUUCCUGCCCACCAUCCCGUUUCGCAUCCACUACUAUGUCAGAAACAGCUGGGACCUGCCCUCGUGGGUGUGUAGAGUCGUCAGUGCCAUGAUCCACAUUCAUAUGUACAUAUCCUUCAUCAUCUAUGUGGCCGUGCUCACUUUGCGCUUCCACGGCUUCUACAAGCGGGCUGAGAGGCAAGUGUUCUACAGGAAGCUUCACUCUCUUGGCGCCAGCGCGGCUAUUUGGGCAGUUGUCCUCAUAGUUAUACCCCUUGUGCUUUGCUUCAAUUAUGGAGAGGAGUCCGACAGUAACACUUGCUUCAGAUUUGGAUCCAGGAUAAACGACCCUGGGGUGCGUGAGAUAAAUUAUAUCAUCAGUGCUGUCUUCCUCAUUGUUCCCAUCGUGUUGUCCGGAAUUCAGGGUCAUAUUUUGUUGACGAUCAUCAGGCAGUAUGGUGCCACUUCAUCUUCUCAACAGGAGUUCUGGGCGCAGGUCAAGAGCCUCUGUUUUGUCCUUAUUAUGCUCGUGUGUUUUGUGCCUUACCAUAUAUUCCGCAUGCACUACCUGUCUAACACAGAGAUUGAGAGUGUAAAUGAAAUUUUCUUGGCCAUCACUGCUCUUAGCUGCUUUGACCUACUGACUUUUGUCGGGCGUGGUGCUUGUCAUUCAUGCGGUAAACGGUAGUUUACACGUUACACGUCACACGUAUUUUGAACAAUUUGUUUCUCUUGUUUGUAGCGCACUUCACUCGUGUACUAUUGGCAAGUUUAAGUCAGUGUUUUAUUAUGAUGAGUUUAUGAUGGGCUACAACAAGCCUACGUUUCAAACUAAUUUGUUUGUCAUCUAUGGACAAUCCUGAGAUAUCUUCCAUUUAUGUCUGUCAUCUUUUUUUAGUCUUUCUGUUUGGUGUGUGAGAAUGUGGUGAAAAUGUGUUGCGCCGAUCAGAGCGAAACACUUGCUCGCCAUAGUGUGUCUUUUAAACUCAAUUUUCACUCAGUAGAAUUUCAAUUGUUUGUUGCAUCUCAAAUGAAUCAAAUGUAAACUAUAUGAUAAACAUGCAUAAUUAUUUACCACUGUAGCCU